UGGAGGGCACCAGUGCUGGAGCUGAUCCAUAGCGCGCCCCGCUCCCGACCAUGAAGGUGUUCAUCGUUGCCGCCGUGUUGGCUGUGGCUGCGGCCGCCCCGGCCCCCGACAGCCCGCCGACCUACAAGCCGGCCCCACCCACCUACCGGCCCACUCCUGCCCCCUACAAGCCGGCCCCGGCCCCCUACAAGCCUGCUCCGGCCCCCUACAAGCCCGCUCCGGCGCCCUACAAGCCUGCGCCUGCUCCCUACCGCCCGGCUCCGUCCUACAAGCCGGCCCCCUACCACCCGGAGCCCCAGUACAAGGAGGAGGCCAAGCCGUACGCCUUCGACUACGCCGUCAACGACCACUACUCGGGUGCUAACUUCGCUGCCAACGAGAACAGCGACGGCAAGCAGACGUCCGGCUACUACAAGGUGGCUCUGCCCGACGGCCGUGUCCAGACCGUGAACUAUGUCGCUGACCACUACGGCGGCUACAACGCCGAGGUCACUUAUGAGGGAGAGGCCCAGUACCCCGAGUACAAGCCCGCCCCGGCUUCGUACAAGCCCGCUCCGGCUUCCUACAAGCCCGCGCCGGCUCCGUACAAGCCCGCUCCGGCUCCCUACAAGCCCGCCCCGGCUCCUUACAAGCCCGCUCCGGCUCCGUACAGGCCCUUUGGCCACACCAACAUGGAGCGGAGCACGCAACAGACGCAGGUGUCAGCGAUCGACACUCUGGCCAUGCUCCGAGAUUUCGUGCUAGAGCAGUCAUAUAUCAUGGAGGCACCUCCAACCGUCACACUGAUCUGCUGCGCUUCUGAAGGCGCCGACUCCAAAGCAGUCAGAUAUUUCUGA